CGCCCCGCACCCCGCCCGCUCCCCGCCGCCCUCGCCCGGGCGCCGGGGAAGUGGAGGAAGGCCAGAGCGAGAGGAGGAGGAGGAGCCGGGGGGCCGCCGAAGAUGGGGAACACUACCUCGUGCUGCGUGUCGUCCAGCCCCAAGCUCAGGAGAAAUGCCCACUCUCGGCUGGAGUCCUACCGGCCCGACACGGACCUGAGCCGCGAGGACACGGGCUGCAACCUGCAGCACAUCAGCGACCGGGAGAACAUCGACGAUUUGAACAUGGAAUUCAAUCCUUCAGACCAUCCUCGGGCCAGCACAAUAUUCCUCAGUAAAUCUCAGACAGACGUGAGAGAAAAACGCAAGAGUCUCUUCAUUAACCAUCAUCCUCCAGGACAAGUAGCGAGGAAGUACAGCUCCUGCUCCACUAUUUUCCUAGAUGAUAGCACAGUCAGUCAGCCAAACCUCAAGUAUACGAUUAAAUGUGUAGCUCUCGCAAUAUAUUAUCACAUCAAAAACAGGGACCCAGAUGGAAGAAUGCUCUUAGAUAUUUUUGAUGAAAACCUUCACCCUCUUUCGAAAUCCGAAGUGCCACCAGAUUAUGACAAACACAACCCAGAGCAGAAACAGAUCUACCGGUUUGUUCGGACGCUGUUCAGUGCUGCCCAGCUGACAGCUGAAUGUGCCAUAGUCACCCUGGUGUACCUUGAGAGACUUUUGACGUAUGCAGAGAUAGAUAUCUGUCCAGCAAACUGGAAGCGAAUUGUCCUUGGGGCCAUCUUGCUGGCCUCCAAAGUGUGGGACGACCAGGCAGUCUGGAAUGUGGAUUACUGCCAGAUCCUGAAAGACAUCACGGUUGAAGACAUGAAUGAGCUAGAGCGACAGUUUCUUGAAUUGCUCCAGUUCAACAUCAACGUUCCUUCCAGUGUUUAUGCCAAGUAUUAUUUUGAUCUCCGUUCUCUGGCAGAAGCAAACAACCUGAGCUUCCCCUUGGAGCCCCUCAGCAGGGAGAGGGCUCACAAGCUUGAGGCCAUCUCUCGGCUGUGCGAGGACAAGUACAAGGACUUGAGAAGACCCACACGGAAGCGGUCAGCAAGUGCUGACAACCUAACUCUGACGCGGUGGUCCCCGGCCAUCAUCUCCUAACAGUGACCUCCUUCGUGAAGGACUGCUUCCAUCCCUCCGCUUUCUCCUUUAGUUUGAGAAAAGACAAGACUUGGGGUGGUUUUUGUUUUUGCCUUUGUUUUUGCCUUCCCUUUUCUCUUUCUUUUUUUUAAUUCGUAGCUCCAUCAGACCAUGUCAGCGACGCCUCCGCGCUGUGGCUGCCUGCAGCAAGGCUUCGGGGAAGCGAAGUCAGUAUUCCGGAAGUCCCGUUUCAAGCCUUUCCCUCAUCGUCAUUAACGGCAUUUCCUUUGUGGAGGAAGCACUGACUCUAAUCCCGGAGGAGGAAAUAAAGGGAAGGAGGAGGAGUGUAGAGGCAGGGAGAAGUGUCUGAGUGCUUUGCCACCUCCUAAGUCCACCGUCUCCUCAGUAGGUCAGUACAACGUGAAAAGAAAGCCUAGAUAAACAGGUUUGGACGUGCAUUAAAGAAACCGAGUGGCCAUGUUUUAGCACAACCUCUUUGGAUCAGUAUGUUCUGUGAGACUUCUCGCGUUCCUUCUUGCUGCUUAUUUUGGGUCUGGGGGAUUUUUGUCUGUUUUCAUCCUGUUUUGGUUUUGGUCCCACAGAGUAGAGAGUCUAGUUUGUACCCACUUUGGCACAGACCUCCAAAUAGAUAGUACUGGUUGCUCCUCUCCGCACUCUUGCUGCGAGCUGUCUUCUGAGCUUUCAACCUCACAAGUGGGACGCGCUUGCUGUGUGUCUGUACCCUUUAGAUGAUCUACUCUGUCUUCAACAGUGACAAAAUUAACUUGACUGUAGUGCUGAACCAAAAGUACCCCUUCCCCCACCUUAUCCUUCACCCCAAGAAGAUUCUAGAUCACACGGGUGCUUGUGCCUUCAUGUUUUCUUGCAGCUGUUUUCUCUGACCUGAAGUUGUUAAAAAGUCAGUCAGACUUUGUGGGCCGAAGGAAACAGUGUGCCGCAGACAGUCCCUUCUGGAUGAGAUGUGUUUUUCAGGUGUUUUCCUGAAGUCACUGAGAAGGAGCCAUUUUUUUGUACACCCUGCCUAGUUCAUUACUCCACGUUCAUGUCCAUUGUUGCAAGCAAUAUUCUUCUCAAUUUUUAUAUGUUUACUUUAAAUCAAAGUUAAGUCUAUUUGUAUAAAAUUUUUUAAAAAUCUAAAAUGAAAAAAAAAAAAAAGGCAACAAAAAAACAAGGGUGGGUGGGUAUUCCCAUGGGAAGAUCAUAGAAGAGCAAAAUGUUCAUAUUUACCAAGGUAUUUUUCACAGAAUGAUUGAAUAAAAAACUCAGCUUGCAUUUCUCAUUGUGGGUGCUUAGAGAAGUUACAUGAAAUUCAAACUGUGAAGGUUUAUGCGUCAUUGUUACCGUACUUUGUUCAUUUUCUGACCAUCCCUGAUUUCCUUACGGGUUAGAUAAGGAUCUUUUCUAUCAAGUCAUGUAAAAGGGUUCACGGUAUAAUGUCAAAGAGUAAAUUUGAUAUUAAAUCUCAGAAUCUGAGUCAUUGAAGCAUAUAUUGCUUUUUUUUUUCUUUUUUGCGUAUUUUCCUAGGUCACAUGACAGGUUUCUGGGUUUCUUUCUUUUUCAAGUGUCCAUGAUACAAGGGGCAGCAGAUGGUCUGUGUUUCACCUUACUCUUCUGUGAGCUUGGAAAACUAUGGAAUCGUAUAUUAAUUAGUCUUGAUGACCCUGAAAUCAUACAUCUGAUCCCAAAACUUUGCCUUCCUCUGAAUGAAACAUGCCUUGGAAAAUGGAAGGCACUCGAAGAGUUGAAAUACGAAUAACACCAAACCAGCAUAUCUAGUCAGGUUUAACUUAAAUGAAAUUUGUAUCAUGUAUAAACUUCACUGUUUGGGUUAGAAAUACUCUCAAGUUCUUUCUGGCCUAACAUUUGAAAAGCAAACAAGUAAAAUAGAAAAACUUAAUUACCUUUCCAUUGUAAUUGUCUUGAUAAUGCUCUUUGUGAGUACCAAAAUGAGUUUCUCUCUUCAAGUAAGAGUCAGAUUUAGAACUUUAAAUAGAGCUCUAAAAAUGUAGAAACUAUCGUUUUAUACUCCCUAAUCUCUAUAGCUUAAAAAGGGACAUAUUUUCAUAGCAGAAUAUGAAUUACCUCUCAAGCAUAAUUCAUUCUUCUCAUUGUGUCACGUGUCUUAUUUUACCAUCCAUUUCAGGAAAGAGACUCUGCUGCCUUGAUAGCAGACAUCUUAUUUUUAUCCCUUUUAUUUGAAUGAAGAGAUUUGAAAAUUGAAUUAUGUAAAUAUUUCAAUGCAUCUGCUAUUAUUUUGUGGAGUUUAUUAAACUACUUUAAAAAGUUGUAUAGUCUAUUUAUUGUAUGUAUGUACAUACAGUCUGAUACUUAAAAUUUAAAGUGGAUUCCGUCAAACCUGGCUCAGUCCUGUUUAGACGAUUAUCGUUUUAGCCUUGUGCACUGGACUCUACCUCUGUAUAGGAAGACUUUCCACAUUCAUUCAUUAGUAUUGAUUCUGUAUUAACUGGGUUAUGUUUCUUGCACUAAGGAUUUUUAAAACUACUGUAAGCGUAGAUUGGAAUUCUUGUUUUGAAGUAUGAAUCACUUGACACAUAGCUAGAUACUUUAGGUUCCUUUAAUUUUUUUCUACAUGAUGAUGAAGACUUACCUUUUGUUCUCUGGUUUGUUCUAAGUUUGCCAAAAAAAAAAAAAAAAGGUACAGUACCUAUU